CCACCACCGUCGAUCGCCAUGGGAUUAUUUCUCGGCUGCUUUCUUGGUUUUGCCAUCGGAUUCGGGCUGAUGAUCGGAUUCGUACGUUAUCAGAACACCAGAUCCAAAACUCGAAUCGAUUUGGCUGCCGCGAUAGCGGCGCUCGCGAGGAUGACGGUCCAAGAUUCGCGCAAACUUCUGCCGGAAAAAUAUUACCCGUCGUGGGUCGUGUUUUCAGAGAGACAAAAGUUGAAUUGGCUUAAUAACCACCUUCAAAAAAUAUGGCCUUAUGUCGACCAGGCAGCGUCGGAGAUUAUAAGAAACUCGGUCGAGCCAAUACUCGAGCAAUACAGACCGGCUAUCCUGGCUUCUCUCAAGUUCUCCGCUUUAACAUUAGGAACCGUCGCGCCGCAAUUCACAGGAGUUUGCAUUGUCGAAGGAGACGGACAAUCUAAAGAGAUAGUAAUGGAACUUGACUUGCAAUGGGAUGGAAAUCCAAACAUUGUUUUGGACAUCAAGACUAGAGUUGGAGUGGCAUUGCCAGUACAGGUGAAAGACAUCGGGUUCACCGGCGUAUUCAGGCUGAUGUUCAAGCCAUUGGUCAGCGAGUUCCCGUGUUUUGGCGCGAUCUGCUACUCGUUGCGCGAAAAAAGAAAACUCGACUUCACCUUCAAAGUGAUCGGCGGCGACAUAAAAGCGAUCCCGGGGAUAUCCGACGCCCUCGAGGAUACGAUACGGGACGCUAUCGAGGACUCCAUCACGUGGCCGGUUCGAAAAAUCGUACCAAUAAUACCCGGGGAUUAUAGCUACCUCGAGGUAAAGACCGUCGGGAUGCUCGAUGUGAAGCUCAUCGAAGCGAAGGAGCUCGAAAACAAGGACAUAAUCGGGAAAUCCGAUCCCUUCGCGAAGUUAUACGUUCGACCGUUGCGCGAUAGAACGAGGACGAGUAAAGUGAUUAACAACGAGAGCCACCCGAUAUGGAACGAGCACUUCGAGUUCGAAGUCGAGGACUGCACGACUCAGCACUUGACGGUUAAGGUUUACGACGACGAGGGGAUUCAAGCAGCCGAGCUUAUUGGGUGCUGCCAAGUGGCGCUGAGCUCGCUCGAGCCGGGGAAGGUGAAGGACAUGUGGAUGAACCUAGUGAAGGAUCUCGACGUACAACGGGGCAAGAAAAACAUCGGCCGGGUUCAUUUGGAGCUUCUAUAUCGACCAUUGAGCGCCGAUACCGUGUUCACGAGCUCGUUCGACCCAGACUUCCGAUUGACGUCGCUCGAGAAGGCCCUUAAACAAGGGGCAUCGUCGUCGGAGAAGGCGCAUAGGCGAGGAUCAUCGUCGACGGCGUUGGAAAAACAAGGAACAUCGACAACAAUGGCGUCUGACGAUGGAGUUGAGGCGCACCGUCCACAAAAGUCCGGACCGAAUAAUCAUACAAAGAAGGAAAUUAUUCAUCGGGGUGUUCUUUCGGUGACGGUGGUCUCCGCGGAGGACCUUCCGGCGACGGAUUUUAUGGGGAAGUCGGAUCCUUUCGUGGUACUCACCAUGAGAAAGUCGCAAAUCAAGUACAAGACGAGAGUUUUGACGGACACAUUGAACCCGAUAUGGAACCAAACAUUCGACUUUGUCGUGGAGGACGGGCUGCGGGAGCUCCUCCUCAUGGAGGUGUACGAUCACGACACAUUUGGCAAGGACUAUAUGGGGAGAUGCGUGUUGACGCUAACUCGGGCUAUACUCGAAGGCGAAUACUCCGAUUGCAUUCAUAUCGACGGAACGGAAGCCGGGAAGCUCAAUAUCCAUGUCAAGUGGACUUCCCAAACUAUUAUCAAGGAGUAAUGUGUUCUAUUUGAACGAGCUAAGUCGUUUUUUUGUAUACGAUUAUGUAGACUUUGUUUUGGAAAAUUUUGGUAAUAGUAGCUUGUGCGAUGUUAUGUAAGAAGGAAUGUGUAUUU